CCUGCCCACCUUCUCUCCGCCACUUCGAGCGAGCCGUUGAACGCGGCAACAAAAAUCCCGCUCGGGAGACGAAGCCGUCGCCCUCGUUCCGUCCUCCCUUUGAAGUCGCGACGAAGAACUGCUCCACAUCGAGAUCCAUCGGAGAAUCGAGGCGAACGAGGAGGAGCCGGUGGAUCAAGCGAUCAGGAAACGCUCGGCGUUGAGAUCCGGUCGUGGAUCGAGGACGGCGGGUCCGGGAGGGUGAGAGGUUGGAGAGAUCAGGGAUCGAUUCUUCUUCUUGCCCCUCCUCUCUCCUUUGCGGUUGGAUCCGAUGGCUUCGGCGUCGUCGAGGAUCUUCGAGUACUUCGUGGUGUGCGGGAUCGGGCCGGAGAUCCGGACCCUGGAGGGGAACAAGGGGUUCCAGGGGAUGGAGGUCAUGUACAUGCCCUCCCUCCUUGACCAGUACCCUCCUUCCAACCAUUCCCUCUACCCUCCCCCGCCCCCGCAGCUCCCCACCUGCGUUCUACCUGCAGGGGUGGAAUUCUAUUCUUCAGGGUUUAACUCGGAUGAUGUAACAACAUACCCUCGUAGUUAUCCGAUUGUUCUAACAGAGGGAGAUGGGUCAAAAAUUUAUGUAGCGUGCAUUGCAUUUCGUGACCCAGUUUGUGAAGAUAUUAUUGAAGCAUAUCAGAUACCAGCAAAUUCCUUUGCUGAUAAAUGCAUUUGUGUUGUAUCUCGUUCACCCAGUUUUCAAGUUCUCAAGGAUGCACUGGAAGAGUUGUUCAUUCUCUGCUUUUCUCCUGCUGGCAGCAGUAAGCCAUUAUGGGAUGUAAUAGCCUAUAUGGUGUCAAAUGUUCCUUUACCUACACCUGGAAAAGAUCGAGUACUAUUUGCUAUUGAAAAUUGCCUUCUUUCUGUAGAGGCUCCACCAAAGGAAGGACUACCUCAUGCAGAUAUUUCGUUUCAACCCCUGGUGCAGUGCCUUGAUGUUGAUAACUUGAUUCGGUUCUUUACUGCAGUGUUGCUUGAAAGAAGAAUUUUACUCCGAGCAAAUAAGUAUUCACUGUUAACUCUAGUGUCAGAGGCAAUAUGUCAUUUAAUAUAUCCUUUCAGAUGGCAGCAUGUCUACAUUCCAUUACUUUUCUUUAGUGGGGUAGAUUACAUUGAUGCCCCUACACCAUAUAUGAUGGGACUUCACUCAGGUGUUGACACGUCUCUUCUGACAAUGGAUGGUGUAGUAGUUGUGGAUCUUGAGUACAAUCGCAUUACCACAUCAGAAGAAAUACCUUCCAUACCAGAGCCUGAGCUAAAUUUCUUACGUGGUGAGAUAUUAAAGCUGCUUCACCCAAAUGUUAUAUGGAUAGAUCACCUGAAGAUCAAUUUUGGCAGCAUGUCUGAGCAAUACGUUAGAUGUGGCAACAAACCCUGGGGGGAUGAGCAUGAUUUCCAACUUAGAUUGAUAUUUUUAAGGUUUUUGGCAUUGCUCCUGAGUGGUUACCGUAACUUUAUUGAACCAACGACAAAUGUCUUCAAUUCUCAAGCAUUUCUGAAGAAACGUUCACGUGCAACUGGUGAACCUACCGAGUCUAUGUUGAUGAUAACUCAAUUUUUAGAAUCUCAAGGUUUCAUGGACUAUUUGGAAAGAUGUAUCAUGUCAGAAGAAAGCAGCAAUAAUCUACUUGACAAAUUACAAGAUGCAACUGGAAGGGGUCAAAAUCCGACAACCAUUUUUCCAUCACAAUCGGUAGAGCCUGAGAUCAUUACUGUAGCAGAACCUGAUGUUGGAGAUGCAGAACCAGGAUCUAGGCACUGUUAUAAGCAGUUUCCUUCAACGGUUAGAACAGAAGAGCAGGAAGAAAAGCGUCGGUCAAUUCUGGCACUAGCAAGUGGUGCCCAUUCUGGAAGGCAAAAUCCUAGUUCUCCUAUGUUAGCCAAUGGUGAUUCGAAAGCAGAAAGCCUAAGUUCGAUGGAGAGAGCGGCUGAGAGGGAGCGGAUGGUUUUGGAUAUCAAAGUGAAGUUGCAGAGAUUAUGGUCGCGUCUUCUAACGCUUGGGGCAACUGAGGAUCCUCUUUCAUCAUUUGAAUACGGCACCAUUCUUGCUCUAAUUGAGUCUGAUGCUGAGGGGAUUGGAGGCAGUGGGUUUGUUGAAUGCAUAAGGGAACAUAUUAUUUUGGGUUGGCAAUGCCGUUUAACUGAUGAACAGUUUAUUGCAGUGAAGGAACUGCUCAAAACAGCAAUAAACCGUGCUUCCUCUCGCAAUGACAUUGCUACCAUCAGAGAUGCUCUUGAAGUAUCUGCUGAAAUGUACAGAAAGGACUCCAACAAUGUUCCAGAUUAUGUUCAACGCCAUCUUCUAUCUCUGUCCAUUUGGGAUGAGCUACGUUUCUGGGAUGCCUAUUUUGAAUAUCUAAUGGAGCAGUCUGCAAAUAAGUCAGCCAACUAUGUAACUCUAGUGACUGCACAGCUCAUUGUAAUUGCAACCCAUAUGGAUGGACUAGGACUCCCUGACACUGAUGCUUGGAACAUGAUUGAGAAAAUUGCGGAGAAAAACAAUCUAGGUUACAAGCAACUUAUAAAGCUGAGGGCACUAUUGUCACAUAUCCAACAACUCCGGAUAGGUUACUGGGGACUCCCAUCUGGGAAAGUGCAAUCUGCAUCACCAUAUGGUUUGCCCUCUCCUCAUUUACAAGAUGGCUCAGAUGGAAGCCAUGAACCUACUGAAGCCUCCGUUGUUGGCCGGAGUUGGGUGCACAGCAUGUUUAGUAGAGACAGAAGCAUAAGAGCUAAUUCUUUUAGCCGAGUUCUUUCAAGUGACAGUACAAAAACUGGUGCUACUUCUGGCAAGGCAGAUCUUCUGCCUUCUGGGCAGAAGAAACUCCACUCCAGCAUGCGCAUACUUAAGGGUCAUUCAGGUGCUAUAACUGCUCUUCACUGUGUAACAAGAAGAGAGGUCUGGGAUCUUGUUGGUGACCGUGAAGAUGCUGGUUUUUUCAUCAGUGGAAGCACAGAUUGCUUGGUGAAAAUUUGGGAUCCUAGUUUGCGUGGUUCAGAACUUCGAGCAACACUCAAAGGGCAUACUAGGCCUAUUCGUGCAAUUAACUCUGAUCGAAGUAAAGUGGUAUCAGGCUCUGAUGAUCAUUCUAUCAUAGUUUGGGAUAAGCAAACAUCUCAACUUCUAGAAGAAUUGAAGGGCCAUGAGGCACCGGUCAGCUGUGUCCGGAUGCUUUCAGGAGAACGUGUUCUUACUGCUGCUCAUGAUGGUACUGUGAAGAUGUGGGAUGUCAGAACUGACACUUGUGUUGCAACUGUUGGUCGCUGUUCAAAUGCUGUUCUUUGCAUGGAAUAUGAUGAUUCAACUGGAAUAUUGGCAGCGGCGGGAAGAGAUGUGGUAGCAAAUAUUUGGGAUAUUCGUUCUGGUAGGCAAAUGCAAAAGCUUCUCGGACACACAAAAUGGAUUCGGUCACUUAGGAUGGUCAGUGACACCAUACUUACUGGAAGUGAUGAUUGGACAGCUAGAAUGUGGUCUGUUUCUCGAGGAACAUGUGAAGCAGUUUUACCAUGUCAUGCUGGUCCAAUACUGUGUGUGGAAUACUCACCAUCUGAUAAAGGGGUUAUCACUGGUUCAAGUGAUGGGCUUAUAAAAUUUUGGGAAAAUGAAGAAGGGGGGAUGAAAUGUGUUAAGAAUUUGACAAUACAUUCUGCUUCUGUUUUAUCCAUCAAUGCUGGAGAACAUUGGCUGGGGAUUGGUGCAGCUGAUAAUUCCAUGUCACUUUUCCAUCGGCCUCAGGAAAGACUGGGUGGUUUUGCCAGCACAGGAGCGAAAUCAGCUGGCUGGCAACUAUACAGAACUCCUCAAAAAACCGUUGCUAUGGUACGGUGUGUAUCUUCUGACCUUGACAGGAAAAGGUUAUGCAGUGGUGGGCGCAAUGGACUUCUUCGACUUUGGGAAGCCACCAUAAAUAUUUAGUCUUUGCCAACCAUGAGAUUUCACUCAGAUGAAAAAUAGAACAUUUUGUGUGCUUGUAGAUCAAUGGAAUGCUAGUGUGAUAUUUUGGUCACAUCUCCUAUUAUUUGUCACUUUGACAGUAUUUCUUUGAGACAGAUAUCCAAGCUUGCGAGAAGGUAUCAAUGCUUUGUUCUUUAAUCCAAUACAGGUAUAAUCGUGAUCUUCUGUUUAAA